AUGGGCGUAUUUGGCAGCAACAGCAGUGGCAGUGGGUGGCAUCCAGGAUGGGAAGAUCCGUCCGUAGCGGUGUGGGAGGAGGAUGAGGAAGGUCCCGACUUCUCCGACUUCCUGACGGGCCGAGAGCUGGCGGAGAAGUACAGCGUGGAGGCGCCUAGCUGGACGGCCAAGAAACGGAAGCCCGACUGGAUGAAGCGGUCCAAGUUACCCGGGGGGGAGAAAUACACAGAAAUCAAGGCCAAGCUCCGGGAGCUGAAGUUGUCUACCGUGUGCGAGGAGGCGCGGUGUCCCAAUCUUGGGCGAGUGCUGGGGGGGAGGAGACGGACACACCGCCACCGCCACCAUCAUGCUGAUGGGAGACACGUGCACUCGGGGGUGCAGUUCUACGUCUGGUACACACUUGCCCUGGCAGCAGCUUCACUCGUUUGUGGUUCGUCUUUCCCCCUUUCCCGGCCCCUUCUUCCCCCCCCCUCCGCGGGCCCCGGGGGCCCCUCCAUUAGAUUCUGCGCGGUGAAGACCUCCAAGGCCCCUGCCCCCCUGGACCCCAACGAGCCGGAAAACGUGUCCAAGGCGAUUGCGGCAUGGGGACUGGACUACGUGGUGCUGACGAGUGUGGAUCGUGAUGAUCUUCCUGACGGGGGUGCCGCCCACAUCGCCUCCACCAUCCGACUGCUCAAACAAAAGACCCACGGGUCGCUGCUGGUGGAGGCGCUGGUGCCGGACUUCCAGGGCAAUAUGGACUGCGUCAAGACCAUUGUGGACAGCGGCCUGGACGUGUACGCGCACAACAUAGAAACCGUUGAGCGGUUACAGGUGACCAAGAGCAGCAUCAUGUUGGGGUGCGGGGAGAGUCAGGAGGAGGUGGUGCAUGCGCUCAAAACGCUCAGGGCUCACGGUGUGGAUGUGGUGACUCUGGGACAGUACAUGAGGCCCACCAAGAAGCACAUGGCGGUUUCGGAGUUUGUGACGCCGGAGGCCUUCAAGGCGUACGAGCAACUUGCGCAGGAGAUGGGUUUCCUUUACGUGGCCAGCGGACCCAUG